CUUGGUCUCUCCAGGGUAUUCAGUCGUGCCCGUUGACUCGGGACGCAUGAGCCCCUCAGCCAGAUCCACCCGCCAGAGGGGCUACCCCAGAAAGCCCGUCGAUAGCGACCCACUAGCACCGACACGCCUCAAUCUCGGACCCAUUGUUUGUGAUAAGCUCGGCACUCGGCGUGCACCCUGGCGGCUACGACCCUCCUCCGGGCCCUCGUCUCCCCCCACGGGCGUCCUCGACGGCUCCCGGGGCUGCAUAUUCGUCACCUCAGCACGCGGGAACAAUGGAGCCAAGCACCGAACACGACUCCAAGCGACCGGCCCGGGACCUGGAGGGGGAUGAGGUGGUCGUCGUGCACCAGGACCAGGACCAGCAGCAGCAGCAGCAGCAUCACCAUCAUCAUGCACUCAGCCCCCCGCACUCGAAGCGCCGCCGGGUGGCGGACAGCGUCCGGGUCCGCGCGGCACGGGCGUGCCAGCGCUGUCGACGGCUCAAGGAGAAGUGCGACGGACGACACCCGUGCCAGCGCUGCUCCCGGUCGGGGCGGAGCUGCGAGUUCACUCCCGUGGCCGCCGGCUUCACCGCCCCCGCGAGCUCGCUCCCGACCAAGCAGCGGGCCUCACAUGCCCCCGCGGCCUCGGUCAGGUCCGUCGGGGAGAGCAGCAGCGGGGGCGGCGAUGACAGCCGGUCCGAGGAGAGGGUCAAGUGCCUUGAGAGCCUGGUCCAGCACCUCUUGGGCAACGUGCCGAUGGACCUGAGCAACCUCCGGCGCAUGUCGGACAAGGUCAGGCAGAGGCCUGCCACCGCGAGCGAGGUUGGAGAUGAGAGGCCCGAGCCUGAGUAUCUCGAUGACCUGGCCCUUGAGGACGAGAACUUCACGGUCAAGACGCUGUCUCAGAGCAUAGCACACUAUUCCGGCGAGUUCUCGCACUGGAACUUCUCCCAAAAGCUGCGUCGACGGCUGAGCCAGUGUCUGGACUCGGAUAUACCCAUCUCAUCCGCCAGACUGGACGCCCGCGAUGCAAGAAACCUGCCCCAUGCUGCCGGCCGCGGCGGUGGACCUGCGCCCAAGAAGGGCAUGAAGAUCCUCGAGUACUGGCGCGCGACCCAGCUCCAGUCGCACAAGUCCCUCGUGCAGAGCGUCAUCAGCUGCCUGCCCCCGCGCGCCGUCGCCAACUUCCUCGUGCAGGUGUACUUCCGGCACGCGCAGGUCAACUGCUUCUACGUGGAGGAGUCGUGGCUGCGCAAGAAGCUCGAGUUCCUGUACGAGGCGCCCGGGCACGUCAACAGCGAGGACUCGGCGUGGGUGUGCUCGGUGCUCAUGGUCCUGGCCAUCGGGACACAGUUCGCACACAUGGCUGCUGGCGCCCCCGAGGACAACCUGUCGGAACCCGAUGUCCCGGACAGAGACGGGCAGAAAACCCCCAGUGGGCCUUCUGAUACGGACUCGGAUGUCGGCGUCACAUUCUACCAGAUGGCCUCGAAGCUCAUCCCGGACAUUAUCACCAUGGCAUCGAUGGAGAGCGUGCAGGCGUGUCUGCUCCUGGCGCACUACGCCCUACCACUCGACACACACGGACUGGCAUAUACGUAUCUCGGCCUCGGGAUCAAGAUGGCUAUCCAGAAUGGCAUGCACAGGAGAUAUGCCGGAAAUGACCUGGAUACAUGGACCAUCGAGACCCGCAACCGGUUGUGGUGGACGGCAUACACCGUCGAGAGGCGUGUCAGUGUCCUGCACGGCCGGCCGGCUUCCAUCUCCGCCACUGAGGUGGACGCUGAACUGCCCAAGGACCUGCACGAAUUCCGGGCACACGACGAGGUGUCCAGGUAUGCCAACAUGUCUGCUCUGAUAGACAUGACGACCCGUCUGGGUGAGGUGGCCAACGCCAUCACACUCCUCCGGAGGUGUCCCAGAAACCUACAGCCGACCUACUUCGAACGCAUAGUGGGGAUAUGCCAGGCCCUCCACACAUGGUGGUCCACAUUAAGCCCAGACGUGCAAAACCCAACCCCGUCCUCACCAAACUUCCGCUCAAAUGCCCACCUCAAGCUCUGCCUAUACCUAAACGACAUCUUCGUCGGCCGCCCCUUCAUCUUCUUCCAGACAAGCGGCGUCACCCCAGAGUCCGCAGCCUCCCCAGAACAGACCCGCCGCCCCACCGACACCAACCCCUCCUCGGCCUCGCCGUCCUCCCCAGCGCCCCCAAACACCUCCACCGCCGCCCCGGAGCGCCCGCGCAACCGCGCCGCCCUGGUCGAGCGCGCCGUCGAGGCCGCCAUAAACACAAUCGCCCUCCUCCGCACCCUGCACGAGACAACAGGCCUCGCGCGGUCAAGCUACACCGAGUUCAGCUCGUGCCGCGCCGCGCUGCUGGUGAUGCUCGCGCAGUCCGUGGUGCUGGGCCCGGGCACCCCGCAGCCGCGGCUCAAGGCCGCGGUCGAGAUGGGCAUGCGGCUGAUCCGGCGCAUGGCGGCGGGCAACAACGUGUCCACGCAGAGCGAGGCGAGCAUCAUCGAGGCGCUCGAGAUCGCCGUGCGGCGGCUGCACGCCAUGCAGCAGGACGCGCGGGGCCCCGGGGCCGGGGGCGGGGGCGGGGCGGACGACAAGGGGCAGACGUUUGUGGAGAUCAACGUCCGUGGGGAGAUGGACCUGGGCAAGACCGGGUAUGAGCGGUUCCGGGAGUGGGCUGCCAUGUGGCCUGUCGGUGCUGCUGGCGGCCCGGGCGAGGCGCAGCAGCCGCAGGGCCAGCAGCAGCACCACCAGGCUCAGCAGCGGUCGGUGCCGGGGGAUGAUUCUCUCAGGGGCCUGAAGAGGGCGCACGAGAUGGCCACUGUGCCUUCUCCUUAUCCCGGGAUGCCUUCUGGUCCGGGUGUGCUGGGGCCGCCGCCUGAUCUCGAGGACAGUCCGGGAUCUGCAAGGUGGAUGGCGCUGAUGGACAACGCGGGGAUGAGGAUGGACCCGCAGCUGGAUGACUUGAGCCUCUUUGGUGGGUUCCCCGAGCUCGGGGGGCUGGAUGCGUGGCCGGGACUUAUAUGAGUAGGGGAUGAUGAUUCCAGACGAGCCUGUUCAGCUGCCACAUGCCG